AUGAGACCUCCCAAGAAGUUCACUCCACCAAAGUUCACUUCGUACGAUGGGAAAUCGGACCCUCUGACACAUAUCAGCCAUUUUAGACAGAUGAUGUCCCUAUGGAGCCGAGAUCAGGCACUGAUGUGCAAAGUCUUCCCAUCCAGCUUGGGAGAAAUCGGACUCCGAUGGUUCGAUCGACUCCCCGCUGGAUCGAUUCAUGGUUGGAAGCAGUUGUCCGAAGAGUUCCUAGCCAGGUUCGUCUCUAAUACUAAGAUCCCAAAAGAGCCGGAUACACUGUUCGGCCUCAGGAAGGAGCAAGAGGAAACGCUGCGCAAUUAUGCUAGGAGAUACUGGGAAGAGUAUAAUGAUCUAGAAGAAAAUGUGUGCAGCAAGCAGAUGGCCAUUAUGUCCUUCAAACAUGGUGUGCGCCCAGAAAGUAAGUUGAGACAAUCACUUACCAAGCGCCCGACCACAGCUUUGAAAGACUUGCGCGCCAGGAUUGAGCAGUAUGCUCGUCUUGAAGACGAUCAGAUCCCCAUCGAGGUAGUGUCAGCAGAACAAACAGCCCGGCAGAAGAAGAGAACAGAUCGAGGAGAACACCGAGGGAUUGCAGUGAAUGAGGUGGAUAUGUCCAAAUCCCACGAAGCCGUUGUGACUGUGUUCAAAGAGCCAAUCUAUCGAAUCUUGGAAAAGAUCAAGAAAGAGCCCUUCUUUGUUUGGCCGCCGAAAAUGUUGGGAGAUCCAGCUCGGCGCAAUUAG